AUGGCUUGGGUACAAAGAAAGAUGGUAGGACGAAAGAAUAGUCAAGAAGAUAUAUUUAUGGACAUAUGUUGUGGAAGAGUGGAGUGUCAAGGAGAAGGUCAUUUAAACAGUCUGAGGUCCUCCCGACAAUGUAAGAAGAGGUAUGUGGAAAUCGCACUUGACACUCAGCUAUCUUUGCUUACCCUGCAAAGGAUAAAUCGUGAGGAUAGCCUCACGCUA